AUGGUUGGAUAUUUUGAUGUCUCUGUGAAAACAUUAUAUGUAGACACAGCCAUUAAUCAUGAUGAUCAAUCAAAAGAAUCUAAUCCUCAGAAGACUACGGUCGUACCACCCGAAGUUUCAAAUGCCAAAUCAGUUACUGAGGGGGUUCGAAUUUCAGGCAUCCCUAUGAACAUAUCUAAUAUGGACACAAAUGUCACCAUGGUUAAUGACGAUGCUACCACUGAUGAUGUUGGGUUUAUGGGUACAUUUGCUUAUCUCAAAUUUGAUCCGGAGGAAGAAAACAUACCAAAUCUUAUGUUAAUGUCUGGUAAAUAUUUCAAAAUUCUUAACAGGAAGUCGAACUCAUUAUUACAACUCCAGGCGGAUGCAGGGGGUUGUCAUUCGUUAUCGGGAAUCAAAGUUGGUGUAAUGCUCAAGGGUCAAGAGCUUCGUCUGAAGGAUGAGUUGGACAUAAAAGGCAGAAACAAUCAAAAACAUGUCAAGGCUCAAUCAUCAUCUUUUCAUCAAUAA